AGCCCCAUGCGGCACGGGCGGCCCUAAGCUGCGCGCCGGCCGCAGCAUGUCGCUCCCUGUGCGCUUGGCGUGGCUGCUGGGGCUCUGCAGCCUCUGCCGCGGGUACUUCGAGGGGCCACUGUACCCCGAGAUGUCCAACGGGAGCCUGCACCACUACUUCGUCCCUGACGGGGACUACGAGGAGAACGACGACCCCGAGCGGUGCCAGCUGCUGUUCCGGGUGAGCGAGCAGCGGCGGUGCGGCGCGGCGGCGGCGCCGGGCGGCGGGCUCACCCUGCGCGAGGAGCUGACGGUGCUGGGCCGGCAGGUGGAGGACGCGGGCCGGGUGCUGGAGAGCAUCGGCAGGAGCAUCUCCUACGACCUGGACGGGGAGGAGAGCUACGGCGCCUACCUGCGCCGCGAGUCCGCCCAGAUCAGCGACGCCUACUCCAGCUCGGACCGCUCGCUGAGCGAGCUGGAGGGCAAAUUCCGGCAGGGCCAGGAGCAGGGCGGCCGGGAGGAGUCCCGCCUGGGCGACAGCUUCCUGGGGCUGCUGCUGCACGCCCGCGCCCUGCUCCGCGAGACCCGCCACGUCUCCAGCGGGCUGCGCGACAAGUACGACCUGCUGGCGCUGACGGUGCGCAGCCACGGCGCCCGCCUCAGCCGCCUCAAGAACGACUAUCUCCGCGUCUGAGCCCCCCUCAGCCGCCUCAAGAACGACUGUCUCCGCGUCUGAGCCGCCCUCAGCCGCCUCAAGAACGACUGUCUCCGCGUCUGAGCCCCCCUCAGCCGCCUCAAGAACGACUGUCUCCGCGCCUGAGCCUCCCGGUUGCUGGGGUCACCGCCGUCCCGACCGCCCGUCCCCCGCAAUGCACGGCCCUGGCGCCCGCCUGGAAGGAGCACCUCCUUGGACAAACCCUAGAAUUAUGAAGCUCGGAAAAGACCUCCGAGUUCAUCAAGUCCAACCUUUGACUGAAUACCACCACGCCUACUAAACCACAAGUGCCGCAUUUGCUCGUUUUUGAAGGCUUCCAGGGACAGUAACGGAAAAUACAUUCUUCUUCAUGGAAAAAAAAACCCUUAUUUAUUUUACCUUCCAAACAAAUAGCACAAUUGUAUAAACCAGGAGGUUCGAGGUAUGUUUAAGUUAAUGUCCGAGGUAUGUUUAAGUUAAUAUCCCAUAUUCAAAAAAGCUACCUUCUGUUAUAUCAUUCACCUUUGGUUGCAAUUGAAGUAAGCUCUCUCAUGUCUGAUUCCCUGUUUUUUGUUUUUUGUAUCACCUGCCCUGCUGUGGCUCACCUGCCCUAAGUGUAGUUGAAGUGAGGUGCUGGCCAGCUCCUUCCAGACUCCUGUGUAGCAAAUUCUUAAAUUGCUUUUGUUGUUAGUCCUUCAGGGUGACAGCUCUCGCCCUCUGUUAAGUUCCUUUCUAAUGCUAUGUAUUAUAUGCUCCUUAAAUGUUGUUCCACUACGUAAAGCUGUGAUUUUCAUUUGUGUUUGGAAAGAUGGGAACUAUUCUGGCAGGAUUGGUACUUCCAGGCUUGCUUAUCUGUGACUCUAAGCUAUCAUAACCCUGAGAAGCAGCCAAAAAUGCUUAUGUCAGAUCCUGAGAAUGCUGGUAGAGAUUUUUAUAGCAAAAAGAAUGAGCCCUAGCACUGGUUAGAGUUUUGGAUCCCAGAUUUGAGAGCCAGGAGCAUGUUUCUAAAGCUGACUAAAAGGUUUUGUCUGUGCAAACACAUUGACUUUUCUUGUUGGUGCCUUUUUACUUUUGCUAGCUAAGUUAUUAAUAUAACUUCGUGGUCCUAGACAAUAGCAAAAGUGUCUGGUAGGAAGGAGGGUGGGGUUUUUAGACUCGUUGCUGUUUAACUGACAAUUUUGGGUAAUAUGGCUGUUAGGUUACAGAUACUGCAGGCAGAAUACCUGUUGGGAUGAAAAGAGUUUAUGGGUUGUUGUAAUAAAUAUUUGAAAACAAUGUUAAAAUACAUUUUUGUUAUUAGUUUCUGAGA